CAGCUUUGAACUUUUAACAGUAUUAUUACUAUUUCUCCCAACAAAACUAGGCCUAAACAGUUGAAAAAUGAAGGCUUUCGUAGUAUUCGCCAUGGCCAUUGCUCUGGUGGCCAGCGCCGCCAUCGAGAAGAAGCCGGAAGCCGAAGGUGCCGAGAAGAAGCAGGACAAGCGUGGCCUGUGGGACCUCGGGUACGGAUACGAAUCUUCCCACGGCUGGGACCACGCCCUGAAACUGUCGCACGGAUGGGAAGAACCUCACCACUACAGCACCACCAUCAUCAAGAAGGAACACGUCGCUGUCCCGGUGGAAGUUGAGAAGCACGUGCCAUACCCAGUCAAGGUCCCAUACCCAGUGCAUGUGGAGAAGCACGUCCCAGUCAUCGUCGAGAAGAAGGUCCCAGUCGUGGUCGAAAAGCCAGUGGCCGUCCCAGUCAAGGUCCCAUACAAGGUCAAGGAAUACAUCGAAGUGCCCAAGCCAUACCCAGUGCACAUCGAGAAGCCAGUCCCAGUGAUCGUCAAGAAGCCCGUCUACAUCGAGAAGCACGUCCCAUUGGUGGUCAAGUCCCACGGUUGGGAACCACAUGGUCACUCAUACGCUGAGUUCCACUCCUACUAAAUAACAACAAACACAACAACAAAAACAAGACUGGUUCUAGCCCCACUCUUAGAGCUCAACCAACUACUCCAGUAUACUCUUCCCAAAAAAUGCAUAUGUAUUUUAUAAACAAAACAAAAAAUUCCUACUUAAACAAAAAACAAAAAAGCUCAAGCUACUCUCCCACGCCUAUAUUGUGAUCAUCAAUGUCUCUGUUUCAUCGCUUCCUAGCGCAUCCAAAUCUAAAAAAAAAUCGUGUGAAGAAGUACCUUAAACGGAUGCAAUAUUUUAAUUAUAUAGGUUACAUUUUUUAUGUUUGUUUGUUUUUUUAAACUACCAAAACCCGAAGCGAGAAAAUCUGUUACAAAAACAAAAAAAGCGUAACGUGAGAAUACUCAAACUUAAAAUGUGAAAACAAUCGGGACGACCAAUCUCGAGACAGCAGACGAACGGCAUUUUUCAACGUGUUGACACCGCGCAUACAGUUAGUGUGUAAAUACUACAUAAAUUAUUGUUUCCUUUUGCCUACCGGAGUGGUAGGCAAACUGUACAAACAAGACAAAAUAAAAACUACCAAAAAAAGCUGAAA